AUGGAUCCCUGUGAAGAUCUAGAAACGUCCGGUGGUAAAUCUCAGGACUCCAGGGACCAGCGCCAUGAACUUGAGGGACCACAGCCCACAGGUCCUGAGGCCCUGGGGAAGGACUCUGCCGAGGUGAACCAGCAAUACCAGCUGCGGGGCAGAUUCGUGCAGACCAGCGACAGUGAACAGCAGGAUCGAAACAGAGUUUCUGAAGAACUUAUAACGGUUGUCCAAGAAAUGAAAAAAUACUUCCCGUCGGAGAGAAACAGUAAACCAGGCACCCUGGAUGCCCUCAACUAUUCCCUUCGCUGCGUACACAGCGUGCAAGCAAACAGUGAGCUUUUCCAGAUUCUCAGUCAGAACGGAGCACUUCAAGCAGAUAUGACCAUGUACAGUCUAGAGGAGCCGGCCCCUAUUGCUUCAGGGCACACUUCCAAAAACACAGAUACCUUUGUGGCAGUCUUUUCAUUUCUGUCUGGAAGGUUAGUGCACAUUUCUGAACAGGCUCCUUGGAUCCUGAAUUGUAAGAAAAAGUUCUUGGAAUCCUGUCAUUUUGUUGAACUGCUUGCCCAAGACGUGAGGGUGUUCUACAUACACACUGCCCACGGUCAGCUUCCUUUAUGGAACAACUGGACCCAAAGAGUAGCCUCUCUGUAUGAAUUCGCUCCAGUGAACUCCUUUUUCUCUAGGAUCCGGGGAGGUGAAGCCCGGGAGCCGGAGCAGCCGUACUGCCCCUUCCAGAUCAUCCCCUAUCUGAUUCACGUGCACAGCUCGGCCUGCCUGGAGCCCGAGCCCUGCUGUCUCACACUGGUGGAGAAGACUCAUUCCAGUUGCAAAGUGCCUCGAAUCCCAGUGGAUAAAAGAAUUUUUACUACCACACACACCCCCGGGUGUGUUUUUCUUGAAAUAGAUGAAAGAGCAGUGCCUUUGCUGGGUUACCCACCUCAGGAUCUGAUCGGAACAUCCAUCCUGACACACCUGCACCCGGAACACCGUUCGCUGAUGGUCGCCAUACACCAAAAAGUCUUGAAGUACGCAGGCCACCCUCCCUUUGAACAUUCGCCCGUUAGAUUUUGUACUCAAAAUGGGGAUUACAUCAUAGUGCAUUCCAGCUGGUCCAGCUUUGUGAACCUGUAGCGAAAGCUUUCUUUUGUCAUCGGUCGCCAUAAAGUGCGAAUGAGUCCACUAAAUGAUGUUUUUGCCGCCAGAAUAAAAAAGAUGAACGGUAAUGACAGAAUAAAAAAGAUGAAUGGUAAUGACAAAGACAUAACAGAAUUACAAGAACAAAUCUGCAAACUUCUCUUACAGCCCGUUCACGGGAGCACGUCCAGUGGCUGCGGGAGCCUGGGGAGCAGCGGGUCGCAGGAGCAUCCCCUCAGCAUCGCAUCCUCCAGUGUGUCCAGCGGGUGCCACAUGGAGGAGGUGCGAAAGGCGCCGUUGACUUUGCAGCAGGUCUAUGCCCGUGUAAACAAAAUCAAGAAUCUCGGUCAGCAGCUCUGCAUCAAGUCAAGGGCCACAUCACCAAAUAAGCAAGUGGUGGGGACCCGCAAUGGACAGCCUGGUGAUGACCAGAAGGCCUUUUCUUCCUUCCAGACAUUGAAAGAUAAGAGCAUGUACACUGAGUCUUGUAAGGAUUCGAGAGAGGAUCAGCACAGCCCAUCCUAUCAGCAAAUAAACUGCAUUGAUAGUGUUAUCAGGUACCUGAAGAGCUACAGCAUUCCAGCUUUGAAUAGAAAGUGUAUCUCCUGUACAAAUACAGCUUCCUCAUCCUUGGAGAAAGACAGACAAAGCCACAGAGCAGAUGAUGUCCAAGCACCGCAAGUUGCUCUUACAUCACCAGCUGUUUCUCAGAUCCCAGCCGUACCUACAUCAGAAAUGCCAACUAACAGGUGGUGCACAGCUGCUGAAGGAGGAGCUCCACAGACUCUGAGCCCGGACGUGAGCCAGUGCAGCUACAGCAGCACCCUUGUUCACAUCCCACCACCAGAGUCAGAGUUGACUCCAGCAGAGUAUCUCAUCCUGGCCUGUGAGCCCUGGACCCUCAGCACACACCCAGCUCCACUGGCCUCAGAAGGGUUUAAACACAUAGGGCUCACAAAGGCUGUGCUGUCAGCCCGCACACAGAGGGAAGAACAGAGUUACGUAGAUAAAUUCCGGGAAAAGAUUCUAUCAUCACCCUACCGCUCCUAUCUUCAGCAAGAAAGCAGAAGCAAAGCUAAAUAUUCAUAUGUUCAAGGACAUUCUGCUUCCAAGCCGACCCGAUCCACUGGUUGCAAGAAGGGGAAGCAGAAGCGUAAGAAGCGGCUUGUGUGGUCGGACAGCAAGAGCACUAAGGAUGACUCCUGUCCCCACCUCAGAGGAGAGGCCCAGGAGGGACAGCCCUGGUGCCCUUCCUCCACCUCCUCACCUCACGCCUCCAGCCUGUCACUCCCAGCUGCAGUGGUGGUUCCCAGCCAGGCCUCUUGCCUGGUCCCAGCCCUUCCCCUCCCCACCGUGACCUCCCUGGAAAGAGAACACGCAGCCUCAGUAACUGCACUGCAGAGUCUGCCCAAGCCGCCUUUCCCCAGUGGCUUGCAGUCUUUCCCAGCUCUGCCCUCUGCUUACUUAGAUAUUUUUACGAACAUCCUCCUGCCUGACCUCCUUAUCUGUCCUCUCUUGUCACCACCAUCCUCCCCAAUUCCAUUCUGGGGAGCCGCAGUCUUUUCUGAAAUACCCGUGGUAUCAGCAGUGGCUCCAAACCCAGGCACACCAUCUUCAGCCAUCAGGCAAAGGGGCGGCGAGGGAAAGUGGGGGACACAGAGUGAAGGGCACCCCCUCAGGAACUCAAGGAGCAGCUCCCCGCUCCAGCUCGACCUGCUGCAAGAGGACAGGCCCAGGUCCUGUGCAUCCCCAGAAGCUGAGUAUCAGUGCGUCAGCAGCAGCAGUGGAAAUAAGAACGAUUGCUUUACUGCCAGUGAACUGUCUGCAGUGUCACUGCACGGGGCGUCUCCACCAGGAACUGGUGCUGCAGCAUCAGGAAGCAGUGGCAGCAGUCUAAACUUUGCUACUAGUGAUUAUUCUUCUGAAAUCUUUCAAAAUGGGCAGCAAUCUCAGGAAGUAUAGAAAAAAGAAACAUUUCCCAGCCUCGCUGCAGAGCCCACCUGGAGAAUGAUAGAACGGACCCCUGAGUGCGUUCUGAUGACAUAUCAGGUGCCUGAGAGGGUUAAAGAAAUUGUAUUGAAAGAAGACCUAGAAAAGCUGGAAAGCCUGAGGUGGCGGCAGCCAUGGUUUUCUCACGGGCAGAGGGAGGAGCUGGCCAACGUGCAUUCCUGGAUUCAGAGCCAGACGAUCCCUCGGGAGAGAGACAUCCAGGACUGUGUCACUUGCAAAAGCACAGAUUCAGCUGGGGAGGCUGCAGAAUCCUGGGGUCCAGAUCCAGCAGACACAGCAGCUGAGUGA